AUGGCGUCGCAGGCUGUCGUCCUAGUGCUGACGAACCUCAUCAUUCUCUAUGGUGAACAGGUGUAUGCCGACUGCGGGAAUAUAACGGAUUUUUCGACGCAACUCGACACGGUGUUAGCUGAGUAUGACCGUGACACACCGCCAUCCUCCCUCGUCACAAUCAAGCUCAGCCUCGACCCAAGACAUGCUUCGAUACAAGAGGACUCUUCCACUGCGCGUAUGCUCGCUGACUUGCAAAUGAAUUGGGAAGACAGUCGAAUCACAUGGAACUCUACCAAUUGGGACUGUGACAGCGCACUGGUGCCUGCGGAAAGACUCUGGUUGCCUGAUGUGGCGUUGUUGAACGCGGCGUCAACUGGCGAGGAGGCAGGGCUCCGAGCGCGCCUCACCAGUGACGGUCGCAUCACUUGGCUGACACGGUUUGACGUGAAAGUACCCGUUGCUAUGCAGCUGAAGGACUGGCCGUACGAUGAGCAAACCAUCUCAUUCAAGUUCGCAUCUAGAGAGCACAGUUUGGAUGAGAUGCUGUUGGAAUUGAGUGAGCAACAGCAAUCUACGGUUUCGGAGUCCGGAAUGUGGCAGCUGGUGGCUGUCACAGGUAGCUCCCGAGUGUGGACUCGUGGCACAGAAGCUCGGAGCCUGAUCAGCUGGCAAUUGACGCUGCAUCGACGGGGGGCGGCGCACGCGUGGGCCUCCACUGCCGUCCUCUGCACCACGGUGCUGCUGAUAGUGGCCGCGAUGGUAUUACCGCCCGAACAUAGAAACCCGUUGUACGCUACUGCUGCUUUCAUAGCCGCGCUCUGGUUGAUAUCAGCAUUAAUCCGACUGCCGAGCUCAGCAACGACGCCGACUCUGCUAGCCCUUCAGUGUACUCUGUGCACAUUGGCCGCAGUGCUGACCAUAUCGGCGGCACUGGUCACGCGGGUGGCACGCUUUUCUUCGUCACCACCGCAAUCAUUACGACAAUUCUUAUUUACUGUCACCAAUAUAUGCAAGCUGUCAUUAGAAGAGGAUCUGUCUACGGCAGGCGCGUGGAAGGCAACGGCGCAUCUUCUCGACAUGAUCCUGCUGACGUUAAGUGCAGUCGUCCUUAUUGUGCUGUCUUGCUAUGCAGUCUCUGUGCUCUAGUCCCCACCUGUCGUAACAUUCUUAACUAUGUAUCUAGUACAAUGUUUCUUAACCUGUGGUCUGCGUUAAUGUCCAACGGAACUUACAAACUUCGGUAAAUCAGCUGAAUGUUUGGUCGAAGACGAAGUUUUCCAUCAGUCACCGAAAACGAACGAAUUUAUAUUUCAAAUAAAGAAAAAUAUAUAAAUGUUAUUGAGUAUUUCUUUUA